AUGUACUACUACGAGCCUAGGCUUUGGAGUCGGGCCGGUCAACAGGCGACGCGCCAAGCGAACUUAAGCUUAACAAAUAGGAUGUCACGCUCGGGUUGGAAACUGGGUCUGGCGUCAGGGGGAAACGCCUCAGAGACAGCGUUCUAUUCGGGGGUGGCACCCGAGUCUGAUACAGAUUGGGUUCUGAGCCCUGGGCGGCAUCGACUGACUUUGAGCUCAGCAACUAGCAACACACUCUAA